CCUCAAUCUGGAAACCACGAGAACAAAAUUCAGUUUGCAGACAGUUAAUUAUGGAGGACGGUAUUCAGUUGCAAAACAAGGACAUCAAACACUACUGCCUCAAUGCGGAGAGAUGUUUGGCUGACUUUUACCUGGCAUAUAUUGACGCCCUCGGACACAGGGGUCCAUUUUACAGACGACCUUUGGCAAGUGGUAUCAAGUACAGCGAGCAGGUUCUUGGGAUAAACAAAAUCAAGGGUCUGAUGAAAGAGAUAUCCAGAAACGCUGGACUUGUCGGGAAUUUUACAAAUCAUUCCGGUAAAAGGACUUGUGCUACCCAGCUGUAUCAAGCGGGCGUCGACGAGCAAGAUAUCAUGAGUAGAACCGGUCAUAGGUCCGAAUCCGCUGUUAGGAAGUACAAGCGUUCAAAUUCCGUUCUUCAAGAAAGUGUUUCGAAAGUUUUGGAUCCGCCCAAGAAGACGAAAUGUGAGAUUGCAUUAACGCCCGAGAUGGAUCUAGAUGUAUCGCCAUUAUUAGGAAAACAUUCCGACAACGACGAGAAAAGUGAUUCCUCGAAGUCAGUCUUUAACAAUUGUGUUUUUAAUUUUAAGGCAUAAAACAAAUGCGUGUGAAUUUUUAAAACUAUGCAUUUUUGGAUCCUAAUUUUGCACUCGGUUCAGUAUCAUGCUUAAAAAAAGUUUGUGUUUUUAUACAUGUAUAUGCAAGGAAACUUUUUUUUCAUUAUUUUGUCAAUAAAUCUUUUUUUGAUUGUUUCACUUUAUUUAUAAUCUGAAUAUGGUCUAUCUGGAUACACCACAGCUGUUAGAGCACAGCUAAACCAUGGUGUAUCAGAAAUAAAAACACAAAGGUCAUCAAUGCAAAACCAUCGCAGCA